AUGGUCGCCAACAAGAAUUCAGACAUGGCGAGCUGUACGUCUGUGGCUGACGCUUUCGCUCAUCCGCUUCCUCAAAUACGGCAGAUUCAUCGCAACUUGGCUGAUGAGCUGGAUGAAAAGAAAUAUCGGUUACGAAAUGCCGUCGGUGGAAACUAUCGGCAACUUCUAGGAACAGCUGAGACUAUCCUCGAAAUGAGCGAUGUGAUGCAAACUAUUGAAGAGAAACUUGGACGCAUUGGACAGGCCUGCGCUCGACGCAUGGUUGAGAAUAAGAGCUUCAGUCUAGUAAGACUCCACGAAAACAAUAAAAAAAUUACAUUUGAGAACAACCUUCACUGGUGGGCUCAAACUAAGUCCCUUGAGAUGUGUGCUGUGGUCAUGGGAAGGCUGCUACGAAAGAAAGAUGUUAGUGACGAAAGCAGGGCAAGAAGUCUCGUCACAUCGGCUAAGGUUUUCGUGUUAAGUAGACUUCUUACAGUGAGUCUUUGUGAAACUUUAAUAAACAGAGAACAAUAUUUGGUGGAAAAAAUUGGAAAAAAGCUGGGAAUAUUGCGGCUGAGGCUUCUUAAUGCAAUAGAACAGAUUCUGAGAUGUACUACGUUAGAAAAUCGAGAAAUUUUAGUUCAAGCUCUGGUUGCACUCAGCCUAGUAACUGAUUUAGGGGCUGAAGACGUACUGAAACACUUUCUUUGCUCAAGGAUGGAAGCGAUGGCUAUUUUGUCCACAGACUCUACUGUUAAGCGCAAGGAAAAACUGGUUAAGGCCUUGAUACUCUAUGCCAUGACUUUAUACGACAUGAAGACAAUUUUACCUAGACGACUUACCGAAAAUAUCGCUGGGUUGAAGGUAAAUUCCUUGCUCAUGGAUAAAACAAUUCGCGACUUGGAGGAGUUAAGACUCGAUGAACAUGAUAAAUGGUUCGGGGAAGAUUUACUCCAGUUUACCCCUCGCAUGAGGCAUGAUGAUAUUGAUGGAGCUCAGGCUGCAGACUUGCUAGAGAAAUGGGACCAGAAAGCGGUUGAUGUCUUGAUUCAAGGUAUUGUCAAAGCAUUGGAGAGCGAAAAUGAUUUGAAGACCGUUGUCGACAUGCGAACAAAAAUAAUAGAGGUCUGGCUUAAAGAGGGGAAUAAAGUCAGGGGUCUUGAUCUUCUAGUAAGGAUGGACCGGUUCCGAAGUUCGCUGAAUUCUCGCAUCUAUACACUCCUAGAACUAAGAAUAAGCAUGCUAAAAUCAAUUGGAGUGGAGCUCGAGACAACGAUAUUAUCUUGGCAGUCUGGUGUCCAUGACAAGCCAGACAGUCUAUGGGAUUCAUCCGCGCUGAACAUGGACGUAAGUAACGGUGCAGAGGCAUUCAAGCAGAUGGUACUUUCACGAAUGCAUGGUCGAAAUGAUUCCCUUUCAAAAACCUUCAAGAAAUAUCAAUCCUGGCAUCGUUUAUAUGACGAGACUGUUACUAUAAUUUCUCAGAUCAAAAGACAGCGAUGGGACGAUGGUCUCGAAGAUAUUUCCAACGAAGUGGGCCCCCAAAUUCUCAAUGAAACACUGAGUGUUGAGGAUGCCCAACUUUUAGAGAAUUAUCUCCGGAUUCUCUUGAGGAAGGCAUUCGAGGAGCUACAUAAGCAGAUCGAAGCUCUUUUACAUGCCAUUGAAAAUUGUGAUCACAUAAGCCAAAUCUCAGCCUACCUUAUACGUAUCGUUCGCGACGUUCGUUCGGAACUUCCUGAUGGCGAAGCUACUAAAAACUUUGGAGUCGCCCUACUAAUUCCACUUCGAGAAAAAAUGGUUCCCGUGGUCGUGAAAGAUCAUCUGCCAACAUUUGUAAAAUCUGCAUGUAGCGGGAAAAUCGUAGGAAGGUCACUUUGGGAAGGUGAUCCACAGCUACCAUUGCAGCCAUCUCCGGCUGCUUUCAAGUUGAUUUUUAAUUUAGUUCAGACUAUGGGAGAAUUAGGUGGUGAUCUGUGGUGCCCAGCAACCGUUCUAAUCUUGAAGAAAUAUGUCGCUCUUGAUCUGAGUGAUCAGUGGGCGCAGGCCUUACAUAUUACAGCUGAUGGGAUGGGCGAGCAUUCUUGUUUGGGUGUUGAUUUUGAUUCUAAUGAUAAUUCGGCGAAAGAACUGAUGAUCCAGGCAAUGUUUGAUUACUAUCUUAUCCUAAAAACUGUUUUCUCUGCUCCAGACCUGGGCUCUGAGACCACCGCAGCCUUGGAGGUUCUCAUAGGGUCUAGGGCUGGUCUUAAUUCGGAGUUGCAAUUGCGUAUCUACGAAGCAUCAAAGGAAUACUGGAAAAGGACAAGUUUACUCUUCGGGCUUUUAGUGUAG